UCAGCUCAUAAGUCAGACACAGGGAGCUUUUUUUCUGCUAGUUGUCCUGUGAAGAAAGCACCAAUACUUAAACAAACCGGCCACUGGAAAAAUAUUUUCAGGCACCGUCUGGCCUUCUGUUCAUUUAGGAUUUAGUUUGAAGAUUGUGCUUUGUUGUUUUUGUUGUUUUUUUUUUUUUUUUUUGGUUUUUUUUUAUCUAGGCCUGUGAGGAACCUAACCAAUCAUGAAUCCUGAAUAUGAUUACCUGUUUAAGCUUCUUCUAAUUGGCGACUCUGGAGUUGGAAAGUCCUGUCUUCUGCUGCGUUUUGCGGACGACACCUACACUGAGAGCUACAUCUCAACCAUUGGAGUUGACUUCAAGAUCAGGACCAUUGACAUGGAUGGGAAGACUGUGAAGCUGCAGAUUUGGGACACUGCAGGCCAAGAGAGGUUUCGAACAAUCACCUCCAGCUAUUACAGAGGAGCACAUGGUAUCAUCAUUGUUUACGACGUCACAGAGCAGGAGUCCUUCAACAAUGUAAAGCAGUGGCUGGACGAGAUAGAGCGUUAUGCCUGUGAGAAUGUCUCCAGGCUGCUGGUGGGAAACAAAUCGGACCUGGUUGGUAAGAAAGUGGUGGAUGCUGCCACAGCUCAGGAUUUGGCCUUAUCCCUGAAGAUCCCCUUCCUUGAGACCAGUGCCAGGAGCUCUGACAACGUGGAGAAGGCCUUCCUCACCAUGGCCUCUGAGAUCCACAAGCGGCUGGCCAGUGAAGGAGGGGGCAUGCAGGGUAUGUCGACACAGGCCAGGGGUCAGACCACCAAGAUCAACAGCGCACCCGUGUGGCUCGGUGGGGACAAACAGACGCCGGAGACCAGUACCUGCUGCUGAGGGACAGUGAAACACGUCCACAUCAAUUAUCUCCAGGGCUAAAUGUAUACCCAAUUGCACUUAUUGUCAUGUUUACUGUUAAAGUUUAAACAUAAAACUAGGAUGCUGGAAAGUUGUUUUUUCAACAAUCUUUCUUGUAGCAGUAUGGGGGAAAGUAAAUGAAAGGGAAUGUUUUUUUUUAAGUUAUGACAACUUAGAAAGUUGAACCAAAAAGCUGUUAUAUGGGCUAACUGAUAAUAAAAAGAAUGUAUAAUGAAUGUUUA